GAUGCAGAGGGCGCCCGGGCUUUCGGUGCGUUUGGAUUGUGGGCGGUUCGCGCACAGCCCGGGAAAAGCGGUAAAUGGCGGCGCCGAGCACGGGCUCUCGGCCUGCCCUACAGCGAAAGGCGCUUAUGGCCGCUGACAGAGGGCGCCGGAUAUUGGGAGUGUGUGGCAUGCAUCCUGACCAUCAGGAAGCACUGAAAAAGAACCGAGUGGUGCUAGCCAAACAGCUGUUGCUGAGUGAACUGUUAGAACACCUCCUGGAGAGGGACAUCAUCACCUUGGAAAUGAGGGAGCACAUUCAGGCCAAAGUGGGCAGUUUCAGCCAAAAUGUGGAACUUCUCAACUUGCUGCCCAAGAGGGGUCCUCACGCUUUUGAUGCCUUCUGUGUGGCCCUGAGGGAGACCAAGCAGGGUCACCUGGAGGAUCUCUUGCUCACAACCCUCUCUGGUCUUCAGCAUGCACUCCCGCCGUUGAGCUGUGACUACGACUUGAGUCUCCCCUUCCCGAUGUGUGAGUCCUGUCCCCCUCAGAAGCAGCUCCGCCUAUCUCCAGAUACUGUGGAGCACUCCCUAGACAACGGAGAUGGUCCUCCCUGCCUUCAGGUGAAGCCUUGCACUCCCGAGUUUUAUCAAACACACUACCAGCUGGCCUAUAGGUUACAGUCUCGGCCUCGUGGACUGGCACUGGUGCUGAGCAAUGUGCACUUCACUGGAGAGAAAGACCUGGAAUUUCGCUCUGGAGGAGAUGUGGACCACAGCACUCUGGUCACCCUCUUCAGGCUCUUAGGCUACAAAGUUCAUGUUCUACUUGACCAGACUGCGCAGGAAAUGCAAGAGAAACUUCAGAACUUUGCCCAGUUACCUGCCCACCGUGUCACCGACUCCUGCAUUGUGGCGCUUCUCUCUCACGGUGUGGAGGGCGGCGUCUAUGGUGUGGAUGGCAGACUGCUUCAGCUUCAAGAGGUUUUUCAGCUCUUUGACAACGCCAGCUGCCCAAAGCUACAGAACAAACCGAAAAUGUUCUUCAUCCAGGCCUGCCGUGGAGAUGAAACAGACCGUGGGGUGGACCAGCGAGACGGAAAGAACCACACAGGAUCCUCUGAGUGCGAGGAGAGUGACGCCAGCAAAGAGGAGAUGCUGAAGACCCGACUGCCCACACGCUCAGACAUGAUCUGUGGCUAUGCCUGCCUCAGAGGGACUGCUGCCAUGCGAAACACCAAACGGGGUUCCUGGUAUAUUGAGGCCCUCACCCAGGUGUUCUCCGAGCGGGCUUGUGACAUGCAUGUGGCUGACAUGCUCGUGAAGGUGAAUGCGCUCAUCAAGGAGCGUGAGGGCUACGCCCCUGGCACGGAGUUCCACCGCUGCAAGGAGAUGUCCGAGUACUGUAGCACCCUGUGCCGCCCUCUCUACCUGUUCCCGGGCCACCCUCCCACGUGACGCCGUGCCCACAGCCCUGCCGCGUGGAGGCCUGAUGGGCCCUGUCCUGUUCUGGUGCGCGGUGUCUCUUCCCCCUCAGGGACUGGGA